AUGGGCGAUCCAAUUAAUGGUAAAAAACUGUUCAUAAAAAUGUGUGCUUCUUGUCAUACCACGGAAAAAAGUGAUAAACAUAAAAUAGGUCCUAACCUACAUGGUAUUAUAGGCAAGAUUUCUGGAACUGCCCCAGGUUUUAAUUUUACGGAAACCAUGAAAGAAAAGGCUGUUGUAUGGGAUGAGAAGAGUUUAAAUGAUUAUCUCGAAUUUCCUAAAAAGUUUGUUCCAGGAACAAAAAAGGCAUUCCAUGGUAUUAAGAAGGCCGAAGAUCGCAGAGAUUUAAUCGCUUUUCUAGCUACUUUGAAAUAAGCUUCGAAUUUUGAUAAAAUAUUAUACUCUCGAUAUUACUCUCGAUA